AUGGGGCGAUGGUGGUUUCGAGCGUGCGGCGGUGUUUUCGUCUUCGUGUGCGUCGCCGCGGCGUCGUCGGUGGACGGCGUGCGCGCGGGCGGGGGGCAUUAUCCCCCGUUCGAUGCGUGCGUGAUUCCUCCGGCGGUGUUCGCGUCGAGGGUGACGAGCGUGGACGUGCACGGGUUGAAUUUCUUACCGGGACGAGACGCGUCGUGUAACGACUGUAACGCCGCGGGAACGAACGUGACGACGUACUGCGCGUUUGGUGGAGUCGUGGAGGGUGGAACCAUAGCGGUGUUCACGGGGAGCGAUCCGAGUACGUUUGCGUGCGAGGUGAACGCGCACUCCAGGGCGACGGGAACGCCGGCGCACGGGCACGCGACGGGAAGUUGGAGCGCGAACGGGGGGUACGAUUGGGCCGUGUUCGGUGGUGAGAGAGCUUCGUCGAACGAUGGGACAGUGCAUUUCAUGAAGAUGCCGACUGUGAACGAGGUGUUGUCGAGCGCGGCGCCGAUGGGGAUGCCGACGUACGCGAACGGCGCGGAUUUCACGCGCGGGACGUUGGGAUGUUACUUUCAAUCGAAAGAUUCAUCGGGGAGUUGGGUGAUGCGGUCGACGGGAACUCCGGGAGAGGCGAUGGCGGACAGUGGAAUGUUUAUUAGCUCGGCGUUGUACAGGUGUGAGUCUCCGGUGUUCGCGUUGACGACGCCGUCCACGGCAACGCUUGCGCGGUUCACCGUGGGCGUUCUGGGCGACGACGGUGACGGGUUGGCGAACGUCGUGCGCUACAAAGAGAAUUAUUGGCUCACCGCGAACUCGGCCAAGGUGAACAAUGGGUAUUACGGCCUCAUGGGUGGACAGACGAUUAGCGUCACCGUGAGCGAGACGGAUGGCGACGAGGCAAGUUUGGGGUGCAUGGUUGGAUCGGUUCGAGUGAGCGCGCGCUCGGCUUCAACGACGUCGAUCACGUGCGUCGCUCCGGCGCGCGCGGCUUCGGCGAUCGAUGACGUUCCACUCGCCGUGGGCGUGCGACAUGCCGAGGUCAUCGUCGCGAAUGUCACGAAACAAUCGACCGCCAUUGAAUAUACCGGAAUGACGUACGAACCGCCAACUCCGUACACGAUUACGAGCGACGAAGUCUUCUUAUUCGGUCGCGGUGAACAAGUGCUCAAGUUACUCUCCACCGAAAAUUUCAUGUGCACGAUGACUUACGUGGUCGACGACGUGACUUCGGUGUUUAGAUCAACGACGGCGAAUGCGAGCCCAUUCGCGGAUGAGUUGAGCUGCUUGCUUCCGCUGAACGUUGAGGUUGGAUUCGUCGCGCUGGGAAUCACUGGUGGGCAGUACGAAUCCGUAGUUCAGAUAGCAUUCGUUGACCCCCCACGCUUGACGAGCGCGGCGCCGAGACGAUCACCGAGCGAGGGAGGUGGAAUAGCGUGGGUGUACGGCUCAAACUUGCACGCCAACGAGGGGGCGCCCGUGCAGUGCAUGUUCACGGCUGACGAAUCGACGAGCGCGACGACGCGCGGUGCGCGCGCGAGCUCGGCUCUUGUCGCAUGCGAGAUUCCGCCUGCGAAAGAAGUCGUCGUGGCGAACUCGCAUCGCACCGCGGCCGUCUCAUUGGCGACGACGAUGUACUCGAACGCUCUCGAUUCAGGGGCGUCGAUUGAUUACGCGGUGAAUGUCGCAUCAGCGUCUAUCACGCCGACGCGUGGUUCGAUCGAAGGUGGAACGCCCGUUCGUCUCGAUCCGUCCAUGUCGUGGUUAGUAUCGCAAGGAUCCACAGGAACGCCCGAUACAGACGAUUUCGGAACCGGGGGAUGUCGGUUCAGCGCUAUCACCGUCGCCGCUCGUGUCGCCGACUCGGGUGCUAUCGAAUGCGUCACACCGUCGAUGGGGAUCUUCCAGUACUUCGAAGUUCCAGUUGCGAUCGCUGUGGAUUGGCGCACGAGUUCGGCGCCGCUCGUAUUCUUCACGAGCUCUAAUUCGUUCCUCAACUUUUCCUUCGUUAGAUUCUAG